AUGAAUCGUAAAUGUAUAUUAACGAUCUUUACUAUCAUAUUGAUCGUUAGUUCCGAAGGUAGAAAAACUUCUGGUCGAAGUCGUGGUUCUGGUUCGGGUCGUGGAACAAGCAGAAGAACAAAUUAUAACCCUCAACCUGCGCCAACUUCUUUUAGUCAAGCACAAGCACAAAAACCUACCUUGUUUGGAUGGCAGGAGCGACCCGGUCAAUCUUCGUGGCAAUCAAAAUCAUCCAGUGGACAAAGUCAUUCAUAUCCUUCUAGUGGUACUGGAAGUCACACAUAUUCCAGUGGCGGUAGUGGAAGUCAUACAUAUCCUAGUGGUGGCAGUGGAAGCCAUUCAUAUCCUAGUGGUACCGGAUUAUCUGGCGAUAACAAGCCAAAAGCUAGUGGUGGCAGUGGCAGUCAUUCAUAUCCCAGUGGCGGUAGUGGGAGCCAUUCAUAUCCCAGUGGUGGCAGCGGGAGCCAUUCAUAUCCUAGUGGUACUGGAUUAUCUGGCGACAACAAGCCAAAGCAACCAUCUUCUCCUAAUCAGCAAGCAGGACAUUCCUACCCAUCUUCACCUGGCUCAUCAGGAAGCGCUGGCGGUGGAUAUCCUCAGCAAACUGGAAGCAAGUAUCCACAGCAGGGAACUGGAACUGGGCAGACAGGGUACCCGCAGUCAGCACAUAACUAUCCACAACAACAACAUGGAGUCGGUGGUUCUGGUUCAGCAGUUGCACCACCACCAUACACACCAUAUCAAAACAACUACGGAAACCAAUAUCAUCCUCAAGGCCCACCGCCUCCUUAUUCAAAUUAUGGCGGAUCUAACUAUGGUGGCGCUGGUGGACACGGUUAUUACAAUCCUGGAUUUGGCCCCCAAGUACCAGGAUAUUUUGGAAACUAUGGAAAACCAAGUGGAGGAAUGAGUCGCGGUGGAAGCGCCCUGGCAGGAGUGGGUAUUGCCGGUGCUGGUAUUGGAACAGUAUUAACUGGCUUAGCUCUUUGGAAUUUGGCUCGUUCCACAGGACAUCAUCAUCACACUGUUGUAUAUGACAAUAGAGGACAACCUGUAGCUGUAGCACCGGUUAAUGAUACGUCAGCUGCUGCGGAUUCCAUUUUAGCCGAUUUAGUAAAUUGUAGUUUGGCAAUAAGCAAUGACGAUAAAACCGAAGUGCUGGCGAUACCGUGUUCUAUUGCUACUUCAUUCACUCCCGACGCUAACGUAAAGGAUUCCGACGUUAAUAAAGACCCUAAUGAUAAUACUAAGUGCACUAUUGCAGUUCUCACAAAGGACGGUAAAGAGUAUAUGACGACUAUACCGUGCUCGAUUCUUCUUAAUACAGCUGCAGAGAAUAAUGUAACAGAACCUCCCUUAGUAGUUGAUCAACCUAUCAACAAUAACAACUUUACUAGCGACGGAGACAUCCAAAACGGCACUGCCACGGAAAAUCUUCCAAAAGGAGAACCAACCGCUCUUAGGCUUUCAGGUGAAGAUGUAAAUGGAGAUGAUAAAAUAUUUGCACAACUAAAUUGCACCGUGCAACCGGAAGAAAUAAGGGAUCCAAUAAAUCCGUGUUUUUCUAUUAAUCAUAAUUUAACUGUCAUACCCCUGCCAACUACGGAGGCACCAAAAUGA